CCCGGUGCGGCAGCAGCCCUGCAAGUUGCGCGGCCGACGGGGAAGGUGGGAGGGGCCGCCCGGAACGCGGCCUUCUGGUAAGAGCCUCCGAGGAAGGAAAAGCAAAAAGAGGCGUCGCCCUGCGCUCCGCGGACGGCCUCUGCAGCUUCCGCGCGAGAAAGAGCGCGCCCCUUUAGAAGCAAGCUCCUUUUCGGCUGCAAGAACCAGACGGCCUAGGCCAGGACUCGAGGGGCCGGGUGGCGGGCGAGGGCCGAGCGCGGCGGGCCCGCGGAGUGCCCAGCAGGUCGCACUCGCCGCGGGGACUCAGCGGCUUCUGAGCGCGGCCAGGACAGGUCGGAGGCCGCCCAUCGGUUCUGUCUCCCCGUCUUCCGACGGCUGCCGGGCUAUGUCUAGGGGCCCAGGCUCCGCGAUCCCGCCCGUCCGGGGGUUCCGGAAGCCGGCCCCCCGGAGCUGCAGCUGUCUCUCGGACCUGGACGGCGGCGGGGCCCUGCAGCCUCGGGCCUGUCGGCCCCCCGGGAGCCCGGGCUGUGCGCCGCAGCCGGUGCGGGCGCCCUUGGGCUGCGACCCCCUCCUGCGACCCAUCAUCCUGCGGCGGGCGCGCUCGCUGCCCUGCUCCCCCGAGCGCCGCCAGAAGGGCGCGGGCGCGCCGGGCGCUGCGUGUCGCCCCGGCUGCAGUCGGCAGCACCGCGUGCGCUUCGCCGACGCGCUGGGCCUGGAGCUAGCGCAGGUCAAGGUGUUCAACGCAGGAGACGAUCCGUCCGUGCCGCUCCACGUGCUGUCGCGGCUCGCCAUCAACUCGGACCUGUGCUGCAGCAGCCAGGACCUGGAGUUCACCCUGCAGUGCCUGGUGCCCGAUUUCCCGCCGCCCAUCGAGGCCGCGGACUUUGAGGAGCGCCUGCGGCGGCAGCUUGUGUGCCUGGAGCGUGUCACUUGCUCGGACCUGGGCAUCAGCGGGACCGUGCGCGUGAGCAACGUGGCCUUCGAGAAGCAGGUGGCCGUGCGUUACACCUUCUCUGGCUGGCGGAGCGCCCACGAAGCGGUGGCACGUUGGCGCGGGCCCGCGGGUGCCGCAGGCACAGAGGACGUCUUUGCCUUCGGCUUCCCGGUGCCGCCCUUCUUGCUGGAGCUCGGCUCGCGCGUGCACUUCGCGCUGCGCUACCGAGUGGCUGGUGCCGAGUACUGGGACAACAACGACAGCCGCGACUACAGCCUCACGUGUCGCAGCCACGCACUGCACAUGCCACGCGGAGAGUGCGAAGAGAGCUGGAUCCACUUCAUCUGAGCUGCGCGGGGGUCCAGGAACCUGGAGCCUCUGCAUCUAAGCCACACCUGCUGUCAUUUCUGUGCUGGGCUCUCACAUCUGGGGGGUUGUUCUCCCCGCCCCCGCUGCCCCCCAAGUCGUCUGACUUGAUUCCUGCUGCUAGGUCUCACUGCAGUGGCCCAUCUUGUCUUAUACUUGAAACGCCUGUGUCACUUGGUCUAGAAGGUGGCCUUUGGGUGGCCAGAAGGCCAAGUUGAAUUUGUGUAAUGUGUUGCAGGAGGGCGGCGGGUGGGUAGGUGCAUGGGAGUGUUGGCCCCUCCGAGGAGGGCCCAGGCAGGGUUCUGUUUUUAAAAGGCCUGAGUCUGCUAGGAAGGCCUUUUGCAUGUGUCUUGAAUGUGCUUUUCUAAACGUAGCUGUUAUUUAUUAUUGUGCCGUCGGGACCUUUCCCCCAUAGUGGAUGCUGCCACAGGAACAUUCUAGACUUAAUAAGCUUACAAAAAGGUCAGUUCUGUGUGUGUUUGUGCUCCUUGUAAACAGAACGUGCCCUGUGACCCCCCACCGUGGCCCCUCCUGGCACUCCCGCCCCAGGACAAGGAAAACCUGAGACCACGUUUGCUUGCCAAUGCCUGUAGCCUUCUAACACUGGAAACUAUUAAUAGGCAAGAAAUUUAUGUCUCAUCAGUCAUCACACAACCAUUCCUGGGCAUUGAGGCUGCCCUGGUUAGGCUGUGUGCCUCCUGCACCAACGGCUGAGGAGAGGAAAAGCUUCGGACCUUUAAACUAACAAAACAAUUCUUUCUCUGCCCAGGAGAGUCACUCUUCUGAGUCCAUGUAUUUCUCUUGUACAUGUUUGAUAAUUAGCUGUCUACAUAUUAUCAGGCCAUUCUGUUUAGGUUUGAAACUACCUAAACAUUUAAAGAAAUCCUGCCUUAAGUUAUUUCAAUUUUCAGGUGACUAUAGGAUUUCAGGCAACAGUGCCCUUUGCAAUUACCUUUUUGAUGAUUAAGGUGACUUUUUUUUUAUUUCUUCCUAAGAAUUCAGAAAAUUCAUUUCUUCGGAGUCCAGUUACCAAGUGGAACUAGAAGGUGUUUUCAGCAAUAGCCAGAGCACUGGAGGAAAAACAAUUCACAAAUAUUUAUACUUUUAAAUUAUUUUAAAUUGCAUUUAUAUGUCAUGUUUUUAUCAGCUACCUGCCAACUUUAUUCUUUGUGCCUUCAGAUAGGAGAGUUUCUAAUAUAUUUCUGGAUUUGCUGCCCAAUUUUAAAAUAUUAAAUGCUUUUAUUGUGGUUUUUAAACCUCCAGUUAGUUGGGACCACCGUCCUCUGCAGAGUGCUGUGGUUACUUAAAACUCCCAUUGAGGACCUGAUGAGAUCUUUUGGUGCUGAGCCCUGGUCUCUUUGACAACAGGUGCUAGAAGUGAGGUGUGAAAAACGCUGCCAAAAUGGACAAGAUCUCCAAUUUGUGGUUUCUUUAUGCUACACUUGAAACUAAUGUGAUCAAUUUUGUGACAUCUGCCACCACUGAAUUAACUCUAAAUUUUUCAAUUCUUGUUGACAUUUGUCAAAUCAAUAUUUAUAAGGAUGCAUUUUGGCCUUUUAACCCAUUUGUUAUUGGUAAUUGCAACCUCUGUGUUUUUAAAAUUCCAAGAACAGGGUGGGUUUCUUUUGAUCGAAGAACACUGAAUUUUGAUUUAAAAUGUUGUUAUUAAAUUGCACAAGCUCUGGCUAUUAGCACUGUGCACUGCAUUGACAUGCAGGAGAGAGAGAAGCCUGGUUGCAUUGCCUGCUGUUCAACAAACUGUCCAAAUAGGUCAGCAAGCCUGUGCCGGCCUUGGCUGCUAGGCAUUUGGCCCCGCCCAGAGUUCAUGACAGUGUCCAGAAUAUUCAGGUAUGAGUUAGAGCUGCUAAAUGUAUUGUUGUUUAAAGGCAUGUAGAGAAUCUUAUAAUCUAUGUGAAAGUGACUUGCCAAAAAGGUCAUGAAAUAUAAAGUUAUGAAAUAAAUGUUAUAUCUUCAAUAUUAA